UACAAAUUUCGCCAAACCAAAAGCCGAAGCCCAUCACCAGCUCCAACAUCAACACCAACACAAAACAGACCAGCCUACUGGUGCAGCGCAACGAUGAGCACGAUACUCAGCGCCAUUUCUUUUGUGCUGAUGUUCUUGGCAGCUUGGCCACAAGCAUCGGCCGCAGUGUCUGGACCCGCCGGAGGGAUCCUGCAGAUCCCAUCUAAUCGCUCCUUGGCUCACUGCAUCACAAGGUGCGGGGACAUUGACUUCUCCUAUCCCUUUGGUAUAGGGUCCGGCUGCUUUCGUCAAGGCUUCGAUCUCACCUGCAACCACUCAACCAAGCAUCCCAAGCUCUUUUUAGGCAGAAGCACUGUCCAGGUCACUAACAUCGACUCCAGCUAUGGCAUAGUUUUGACCCCUAUAAUCUUCAAGCUUGCAACAAGGCCAGGUACAAAUACCUACAACAUGACAUGGGAGGCCCCUGCUAAAGGUAUUACUCUCGCUAGUUAUAAUACUUUGUUCAUAGCUGGUUGUGAUUUCGACGUCACCUUGUUCAAGUAUGGUACGGGAGACAUGGUUGGUUCUUGUAUGAGUAGAUGUGCCGGCAAGAAGGCACCAACUGGAGGGCAUUGUAAUGGAAUAGGCUGCUGCCUCAUCCAGUUACCGAGGGACCUGGCAGCCUUUCGGGCAAAACUUGUCAGCACUAAUACUACUGCAACACAAUCAGAUUGGUUGCACCCUGGCAUCAUGGCUUUAGUUUCAAGUGAUCCAGAUUAUUACAGUUAUAAUACAUCUGAUCUUUUCUCUAGUUGGACAAAUGAUAGCAUGAUUGAUGGCGCAGUUCUUAGAGUUGCCAUCAUGGACCAACAAAGCUGUGAAGGUGCACAACUGAAGAACGAAAGCUAUGCAUGCAGCAACGGUAGCAGUUGUCAGAAUUCCUCAUCCGGUGGUUACCAAUGUGUCUGCUCUAGUUAUGGACAAGGCAACCCUUACAUUUUAGAUGGAUGCAUGCAAGAUUAUAACCCAAAGCCCAAAGAACACUGUCCUGCAUCAUGUGGACCCAUUACUAUUCCCUUCCCCUUUGGGCUUGAAGAAGGAUGUUGUGCAAACGAAAAAUUUCAUCUUAAUUGUACCUCUGGCAAUCUCACAGUCUCUGUCUCAAAAGAUGCACAAUAUCAGGUGACCGGUAUCUCCGUGGAAGAUGGGACUCUGACUGUUAGCAAUAUGGUGAACGGAAGUAAUGAAAAAGAGGCAAUAUUAAUCCAGACUGAAGAUGUAUAUGGAGUGGACUCACCUAUGGAAGAUCAAUUUGAUUUCUCUGUGGAAUACAACAUUGUUAUAAAGUGGGCGGUUGCCAAUUUAACAUGUGAAACAGCUAUGCAAAAGGAUACUGAGUAUGCAUGUCGCAGUUCCCAGAGCUAUUGCCUAAACGUCACCCACGGAGAAAUAUUUAUGGGAUAUCGUUGUAAAUGUUCGUCAGGCUUUCAAGGAAAUCCGUACGUCAAUGCUGGCUGCACAGAUAUUGAUGAAUGCACACUACAAAAUUACUGCAAUGGGACAUGUCAAAAUUCUUUUGGAAACUUCACAUGCUCAAGUUGCCCACAUAGACAAGAGUUUGAUCCGAUAAAAAGGCAGUGUGUUACAUCAGCGAAGCAACACAAUAUUAUUUUGGGUAUUGCAACUGGAACUGGAUGUGGCCUUGGAUCCAUAAUUAUUGCAGUCUGUGUAGUUGUAUUUGCCAACAAGUGGAAGAAAGGCAUCCAGAAGAGAAUCCGACAAGCACACUUCAAGAAAAAUCAAGGCCUACUCUUGCAGCAGUUGAUAUCAGAUGAAAGCGCCACAAACAAAACAACGAUAUUCUCCUUAGAGGAACUAGAGAAGGCAACCAACAACUUUGAGGCCACUCGUGUUCUUGGUCGUGGAGGACACGGUACAGUUUAUAAAGGGAUUCUAUCUGACCAACGGGUGGUGGCUAUUAAAAAAUCCAAAAUUGUGGAGCAGACUGAGAUAGACCAGUUUAUCAAUGAGGUUGCUAUCUUAUCUCAAAUCAUUCACCGCAAUGUGGUAAAGCUAUUUGGUUGUUGCCUCGAAUCUGAGGUGCCUUUGCUGGUGUACGAGUUUAUAUCUAAUGGUACAUUGCAUGACCUUCUUCACAUUGAUGUUACUGCCAAAUGUGUGCUGUCAUGGGAUGAUCGCAUUAGGAUUGCUGUAGAAGCAGCAGGGGCACUUGCUUAUCUACACUCGGCUGCUGCAAUACCGAUUUUCCAUAGAGACGUAAAAUCGUCUAACAUACUAAUGGAUAGCAGCUUCGCUACGAAGGUUUCUGACUUUGGUGCUUCAAGGUCUCUUUCCCUCGAUGAGACUCAUGUGGUGACUAUUGUCCAAGGAACAUUUGGUUACCUAGAUCCAGAGUAUUACCAUACCGGGCAGCCAACUGAAAAGAGUGAUGUCUAUAGUUUUGGAGUAAUACUUGUGGAACUUUUGACAAGAAGAAAGCAAAUUUUUAUCAAUGAUCUUGGUGGAAAACAAAACUUGUCCCAUUAUUUCGUGGAAGGAUUGCAACAGGGAGCAAUCAUGGAAAUAAUGGAUCCUCAGGUUGUCAACGAGGCAAACCCGGAAGAGAUUGAUGAUAUUGGCUCACUUGCGGAAGCAUGCCUGAGACUCAAAGGAAGAGAUAGACCUACUAUGAAAGAAGUAGAUAUGAGGUUGCAAUUCCUGAGAACUAAGAGGCCAAGAAAAUGCGAGAUUCUCCCAGCUAGUGAUGAGGAGAUUGAGCCUUUUUUAUGCCCAAAGGUUGGUAAUUCUGAUGCACCAAUGAAUUCUAUCAAUGCUGGUAAUUCAACAUCAAAAGGCACCUCCAGUUGCUACAGUCUCGAGCAAGAACUCUCAUCGUCGGUCACUUGACCACGCUAACUACAUAUGUGCAAUACUACAAUCGCAUCCUUCCUAGUAUUCAUUUGAAUUACCAUUUAUUUUCUAUGGAUUUAUAUUAAGUUACAUAUAGUUCACAUUAGAAAAGAUUAUGUAAUGUAGUUUAGCUUCUGUAUAUUUGCAAAAUUUAUUUGUAGCUCAUGUCAGUUGUGUACAAUUGCAUUGCAAUUAUUUGCAAUGAAUAUGCCUGCAAUGAAUAA